GUGUAGACUUUACCGCCAUUGUAUUGUAUACGUAUUGUGCCGCUACAAAAACGUAUGACUAAAGUAUAAGCAACUGUAAUGAUAUUUAAAAUUUAUAAUUCUAGUAACUACGAAAGAAGUAUAGUAACGUGAUAAUAUACAGUAUUGCAAGAAUUGUAAUUAUAUUCACUGACUAGGUGCAUAGUAAAUAACAUUUUAUAUGUUAUAGAUGAUAUAUUUCAAUGUAUAUUCAUAUCUCUAAUGCCUAUAUCUCAUUAAAUAACGCUCAUAUCAAUAUUUGAACUUCUUUGUAAUAAAACAAUUUAUUAAGAUGGAUGGUAAGGAUCCAACAAGUGUCAUUAAAAUGAUAAAGGAUCUUAAGGCAGGUUCUGAAGCAUAUCGUAAAAGUAAUAACGGUGUGUCUUUAAGAUUAUCUGGUACUGCAUAUACACCACUGACAUUUGGUGAAUCUGAUGAAUGUGUUAUAUCACCUAAAAGGCCAAGAUUAAAUGAUUCUAAUGAUUCUAGUUUAAAUAUGAGUGAGGCUGAGACAGUCCCAACUAGUCCAUGGGAAUGGCGAAGAUUAAAAGGACAGGUUGUGUCCUUGAAGACAAGAUUGUCUCAUCAGGAAGCUGCUGUACAGCAGCUUCACAAAAUACGCAGACAAAUGGAAGAGGUUUUUGAAAAGGAGAAAGGUAUUUUAGAGAUGCAGGUGGAACAAGAUAAGCAGACAAUUAAACAACUAGAAGUGCGCCUUGAUAUUUCACGUAGAACAAUUCAGGAUGCAUCUGAAGCACGAGCUUCUGUAGAGAAAGAACUAUUUCAGGUGAAAACGAAUUUGGAGCAGAAAAUUAUGUCGUUAAUGAACGAAAAUGCAAAGCUGUUAGAAGAUCAUAAACAUGCACCCGUACAAGAGGGUAAAAUAGUAACAAAAGAUUCUACUGAUGUAUCUGAAACACAACUAAAACUGGAUGCAGCUCAAAGAAGAAUAACACAGCUGGAAGGGAAAUUGAAGGAAUAUCAGACUAAGCAACAGGAGUUGGAAUUGCAAAAUGUGGAACUCCAAAGUAUGAAAAUAAAGGUUGAAAGGUUGGAGUCAGAAAGAGCGCUAUGGGAGGAAGGAAAGACGUUUGUUGCACGAGCUGCGAGAGCGAAUGAACUUGAGAAAGAGCUUAGCACUGCAAAAGAAACCAUUGUUUCAUUAAGAGAGUCCGUACGGGGAAAAUUACUUUUAGAAGAACAAAUGGCCAAUGUAAUGAAAAGAUUAGAUCAUAUGGAAAAAGUAGAGCAACAGGUUGCUACACUUGAGGCCAAAAAGACGGAACUUUCAUUGCGCCUGGCCGAAUAUGAAUCUACUGGAAUUACUGGUGGACCAACUGCUUUAAAACGCGAAUUGAAUCGACUGCAACAAGCUGAAUUAGUCUUAAAAUCAGAGGAAGGGCAGCUAAGAUCUAAACUGGAUGCUGCAUUGAGGGAGUCGCACACUUUGUCGAAGAAUUACGAAGAUGCCAAAAAAGUGGCUAUGGAUGUUACAGUCUCCAAGGAACAGUUGAACAAAUUAGUGAACAGAUUACAGAAGAAGAUGAUCCUUAUUACGAGAGAGAGGGACAGUUAUCGACAGCAAUUAGACUUAUACGAAAAAGAGAUAACGAUAGACACUAAUACUGCGAUAACCGAAAGGAUUCCUGUGCUGGAACGUACGAUAGAUGUUUAUAGAGAAUUAGUCGCCAAAUUAGAAAGUGAUCUUCAAGCGGCCGAGGGUCACAACCAAGCGGACGAGUGCAAUAAGUUGAGAGAGGAAGUCGAACGAUUGAAGGGUGAAUUGGAACAUAGAGCACUGAAGGGCGAUUUUAAUUGCAACGCGAGGAUACUGCACUUCACUAUGAAUCCUGCUGCCAUUGCAGAACAACAAGCGGAGGAGAAGCAGAAGGCUUUGCUACAUGAAGUGGAAGAGUUGAGGGCGAAAGUUGCGCAAGGUGGAGUCAACAUGACAACAUCCUCCCUUCAAACACAAGAAAUAGCGGAACUCAAACAGACACACGAGAUUAAAAUAGCUCGCCUCAAGGAAGCCUUCAAAGCAUCGUCGCAAGAAUACCGACAAGCUUGUUACCAAUUGUUCGGUUGGAGAGUGGAUAGGACGAAGGAGGCUCGAUACAAGUUAUCUAGUCAAUACGCCGAAUCGCCGGAUGAUUUCUUAUUCUUCAAAAUUGGAGAGGAGGGAGUGGACCUUUUGGAGACUGCGUUCUCUGCGACGCUGGGCACGUUGGUGGAGCGACACCUGCAACAACAACACAGCGUGCCUAUGUUUCUGAACGCAGUGCAAACAGAUUUAUUCAAUCAGCAAACAAUGACGAACGUUAUGAGUUGAUUUUCUUAAUUGUCAUUGAAUCUACGAGAAAUCUUUGCAUACUGAGAGCUGUAAAAAGAAGACGGAGAUCAUGAAAAUAUUUUAUUAUUGACAAAUUAUACAACCGAGAAUACAUUCUUCGUGUCAAUUCUUAUUUAUUUGUAUCGUUUAUUUAUGUACCUGUUUUGAAACGUUUCUUUUCAAUAACUUUUUGGGCACACUUGUUUCUCGAUGAUUUUCUUUAUUUCUGAAUGUAUGCUGGUUUUCUUUCUUAAUCAUCAUUUUUUUAAUAUUUCUAUAAAUUACAAAAUUAACAAUGUUUAAAUAUUUUGGGUUUUGUUAGAAAGAUAAGAUUCAUUAUAUUGAUUAUACUAGACUCUUCGUCAUUGUAUACGUUUUUAUUGCUAAGUAGAACAAAUGUUAUUCAAAGACGAAGACAAUUAUUGCAUCUCAUAAAUGUAAUAAUUGUUCGUCUUUGAAUUAUGAUUGUUCUACCUACAUCUAUGAGAUGUAAUGAUCGUUCGUUUUUGAAUAACGCUUGUCUCACGAAAACAAAAAGAGCUUAUAUGUAUAUGCACGAGAUGUAAUGAGUUGUAUGUGAUGUAUAUGAUGAUAUAAUCCUCAUUCGUUAUAUAAUCAUAUUUUUAAGCAAGUAGUAUAUAGAAGUGGAAGUAAUCAAUGAACUGUUAUAUAGUAUUUUAUUCUAGCCAUAUUGUUCUUCCAUUUGACUUUGUAUCUUGGAUAAUCUUGCACAAUACGUGCACCUUAUCGAACUAUGUUUCACAUAGUUACUCAUACAUCAUUGAAUGGUCAGGUAUUUCGUUUGCUAGAUAUUGGUGUUUGAAACAGAACACUAAUUAUGCUCAUUGAUGCCAGACCAAUCCAGCAACUACACUAUCAUUAUACGCUUUACUUAUCACAAAAGCCAGUCGAUUCGCAGAACGAUAAUUGACCGAAUCACUUGUAACAGCAUUACUAAGCUACUAACAUAGCAUUCUGAAAUAACAACUUUAUCAUCUCA